GAUAGCCUCGGUGUCAGCCAUCUUUCAAUUGUGUUCGCAGCCGCCGCCGCGCCGCCGUCGCUCGCCAACGCCAGCGCCGCCUCUAGCUCGCCGAGCUCCAGCCCAAGGAGAAGGGGGGUAAGUAAGGGAGUUUCUGUACCAUGGCUCGUACAAAGCAGACUGCCCGCAAAUCGACCGGUGGUAAAGCACCGAGGAAGCAACUGGCUACAAAAGCCGCUCGCAAGAGUGCGCCCUCUACUGGAGGGGUGAAGAAACCUCAUCGUUACAGGCCUGGUACUGUGGCACUCCGUGAAAUUAGACGUUAUCAGAAGUCCACCGAACUUCUGAUCCGCAAACUUCCUUUCCAGCGUCUGGUGCGAGAAAUUGCUCAGGACUUCAAAACAGAUCUGCGCUUCCAGAGCGCGGCUAUUGGUGCUUUGCAGGAAAGUUCUGAGCUUCAUUUGAUUGGUGGAUUCCAGGAUGCAAUCCUUUGUGUAAACUUCAGGCAGGUGCUGGUAUUACCUGGGAGAAUUGGCCAGGCUACUCCGGCCCCCGAAUUUGGGACCCUGGCCCGAGUGCCUGGCCGCCCGGAGGCCCACGAACUGCAGCCCGGAAGGUGCCGCCCAUCCUGCCGUCGGCCGGCUUGCACGCGGCCCCGGGUAAACAAAGCUGGGCAGUGCUCAGCUGCCUCGGGAACCGAGACGCCGGUCGCACGUGGCCCCCGCAGCCGCGUCCCUCGCGUGCGCCGCAGCCUUCGAGCCGCCUGGACCUGGCUCCGAAUGACCGGGCCGCAGAGCUGGGCGGACGCUCCGGGGAGCCCCGGACCCCGGCCUCCCCCGGCUGCCAUCCUCCGGCUUCGGCCUUGUCAUUACUUCGGGCUCAGCCUCUGCUGGGAACUGCGAGAAAGGAUGACCGGGCGGCCCCUGGCUCCCCAAGGUCCCCAGGUCCCCGGUCAAGCUGAGGCGCAUCCUUCCGGGACACUCCGGAGGGAAGGGGCUGGAGCUGAGCACUUGGCCAGCUUGUCAUUCCCGAUGGCCUCGAGGAUGAGCAGGACUUACAGGGGUCAGGACCAGAGACACCCCGCCAGGCUUCAGGAUCAGAUCUUAGGAACCAGUCCUGCCGAGUGCAGCAAAGAGAUCAGCUAG